AUGGCAGGGGGAAACCACUCUGCUGUGACAGAGUUUGUCCUCCUAGGCUUCACCACCAUGCAGGAGCUGCUCUUUGUGGUUUUCUUCCUCAUCUACAUCACCACUCUGGUGGGGAACCUCGGGAUGAUCAUCCUCAUCAGGACCUACUCUCAUCUUCACACACCCAUGUACUUCUUCCUCAGCCACCUCUCCUUCCUGGACAUCUGCUACUCCUCAACCAUAACUCCAAAGUUGCUGCUGGGCCUCCUCACUGAGCAGAAAGUCAUUUCUUUCCAUGGUUGCAUCACUCAGCUCUUCUUCUACUUAUUAUUCAUCACCACGGAAGCCUUCUUUCUGGCCAUCAUGGCAUACGACCGCUGCAUGGCCAUCCACCGGCCUCUGCACUACUUGGUUGUCAUGUCCCACAGGGUCUGUGUGCAGCUGGUGGUGAGCUCCUAUGUGGCUGGCAGCCUGAACGCCUUGGUGCACACCACAGCUCUCCUGCGACUGUCCUUCUGUGGCCCAAAUGUGUUGAAACAUUUCUACUGUGAAAUCCCACCACUCCUGCAGCUCUCGUGCUCUGACAUCUGGCUCAACCAGGCCUUGAUGCUCUUGUGUUCUGGCUUCAUCAUCACCUCCUUAGUCUUGGCCAUCCUUAUCUCUUAUACUUUCAUCCUGCUCACCAUCUGCAGCAUCCGCUCUGCGGAGGGCCGGCACAAAGCCUUCUUUACCUGCACCUCCCACCUCACUGCUGUCACCCUCUUCUGUGGCUCUGCAGCUUUCUUGUACCUCUACCCCCUUUCCAGUCAUGCGGAAGAGGAAAAGAAAACAGCCUCUGUCUUCUACACCGUGGUGACCCCCAUGCUGAACCCCUUCAUCUACAGCCUGAGGAACCAGGAGGUGAGGGGGGCCCUGAGCAGAGCUGUGAGGAAGGUCCCCUCCUGUGGCCACUGUCAGUGUUCUUCUGCCAACCAAAUUCUAACGGGUGCCACACAUCACAGCAGAUGGAGCAGAACUUUAGAUGCCUGAUGUAACGAGGGCAUUGCAUGCUCCUGCACAUCCCUUGAGAAGAAGACAUUUCACCUUGGGCUGGGCAUUGUGUGGAUGAUGUUUUUCCAAGGGCUUUG